GCCGCGGCCUCCACAGAGGGAGGUUUGUAUAGCUCGUGCCGCUCUUCAACCCUUCAUUUCGUCGAUCCUAACGCGUGUACCGUUACAGCAAUCCUCUAAAACAAAACCAUGUUGUGACAGUCGUGCAACGAAUCUUAUCGACGAUCGCGAUGCAACAGGAUUAGAACGAAAUCAUUCUCAACUUGGAGCCACGAAUCGUGGGAGCAACAGAUGCGACGUCGCGCGAGACGCGCUCUUUAUAUUUAGUUUGCCCACGAUUUCCUCGCUCGUGUUACCUCGCGUCGCGUCGCGUCGCGUCGGUUCAAUGAUCUGUGUGUACUUGUACGUAAGCCAGUGACGUAAUAUGACGCGAACGAAAGUGCACCGCGUACGUCAGUGACAUAGAGUCUCGCGUCGAUGGGAAUAUCGUUGAAUGUUUGAUCGUCUGACGUAGAGACGCGACCCUUGAACAACGAUCGGUGCUCCGUUCCUAUUCGUAUCCUAUGCAGUCAGCACGCUCCAAACUGGAAAUACCGUUCACUCGAGGAUCGACGCUGUGUAAACGCAAACGUUAAAACAGAAAGCAAAGAGAAUCGUAAGAAUUGUGUUUGCCGAUAUCGUUCGGUCCUGUAUCCGGUCCUUGGUAGGCGACCCUAACCGAAGGUUCUUUACCUGCGGAGAUCCAUAAGGACACCAGGUACGGUCGCGGGGCAGGAAAGAGAGACGAAGGAAGAAUUCCUUUGUCCUCGAAGGCACUGCUCCGAAGGAGGUGGUCGCAUCCAGGAGAAGGGAGAGAAGGAAGCUCAGCACGCGGUCGAGUUUCUACCUCGUCGGUUGUGUACACGUUUGUUCGAGCGAAAGAGACAGGACGUGACUCGUGAACGGGACAGAUAGAGAGAAAACGAGGCUUGUACCAUCGGUGAACGUCCAUCAGCGCGUAUCCAACGGCAAAGGGCAACAACCACACCGUGAACACAUAUUGAGCGCGCUGUUAAGCCAAGGUCGAGCGUCACGGACCACGUUUCACGCCGACUCCAAAACAUCCUCGCUCGCUCCAGCUCGCCGUACUCCGAAAUUCCCAAACGUGUUCGCGAUCGCGUCUGUGGUUAUGCCCGGCGAUUAACGUCGAUCGAAUUUCUCUCGGUUCCGUACGUUUCCCGCUGGACCAUCCAGCUGAUUUUCCGCGUGUGUUGUUUUCUGUGAGUUGAGAAUCGUUAAGAUGCAACGACCAAGAUUACCAGAUGCCAUGCUGGCGCUGGUCAGGGCAGCUGUCUUCGCAGCUGUCUUGGGACAGAUAUUGAGUCCCAGCAUGGCCAACAGACCCGCUGGCGCGCACCCUAGUCACGCUUAUUUCGAGCAACCUUGCUGCGGACGAUCGCAUCUCAGGCAUCACAAAGAACACGUGAGGGAAUUCAGCUGCGGGAUGCUGUAUUACAGGACACUGUACCUGGAUAGUAAGAGGGACGCUCUAUACGUUGGCGCUAUGGACAAGGUGUUCAGGCUGAAUCUGAGCAACAUCAGUCACUCGAACUGCGAGAGGGACGCCCUCAAUCUGGAGGCAAACAACGUGGCGAACUGCGUGUCCAAAGGGAAGUCAGAGCACUUCGACUGUCGGAAUCACAUAAGGGUGAUUCAGCCAAUGGGAAACGGCAAUCGACUCUACAUUUGCGGCACGAACGCUCACUCGCCCAAGGAUUGGGUGAUCAACAGCAAUCUGACCCACUUAUCUCGCCACGAGUUCGUCGCAGGCGUGGGACAAGGCAUAGCGAAAUGUCCUUACGAUCCCGCGGACAAUUCGACGGCAGUCUGGGUGGAAAAGGGCAAUCCUGGUAACCUGCCAGCACUUUAUUCCGGCACCAACGCCGAAUUCACGAAAGCCGAUACCGUGAUCUUCCGUACGGAUCUCUACAAUUUAACCACCACUCACAAGGAGUUUAGCUUCAAGAGGACGCUGAAGUACGACUCCAAAUGGCUGGACAAGCCCAAUUUCGUUGGAUCUUAUGACAUCGGGAUCCACGUGUUCUUCUUCUUUCGCGAGACCGCGGUAGAAUACAUAAAUUGCGGCAAAAGCGUGUAUUCCCGCGUGGCUAGAGUUUGCAAAAGGGACACCGGCGGCAAGAAUAUUCUGUCGCAAAAUUGGUCGACUUACCUCAAGGCCAGGUUGAACUGCUCAAUACCUGGCGAAUUUCCGUUCUAUUUCAACGAAAUACAGAGCAUUUACAAAGUUCCAGGUGACGAUACCCACUUUUAUGGUACGUUCACGACCUCGACGAACGGAUUGAUGGGUUCGGCGAUUUGCUCGUUCCACAUCGACGCGAUUCAAGAAGCGUUCCGAGGAAAAUUCAAAGAACAAGCGACGAGCAGUAGUGCCUGGCUUCCAGUGCUCUCAAACAAAGUUCCUGAACCGCGUCCUGGCCAGUGUGUGAAUGACACAGAGACAUUCCCUGACACCGUCCUCAACUUCAUUCGGUCCCACCCUCUAAUGGACUCUGCUAUAUCUCAUGAAAACGAGAAACCAGUCUUCUACAAACGGGAUGUGAUGCUCACACGAUUGGUCGUGGAUAAACUGCGUAUUGAUUUCGUUGGCAUCGACUUGGAGUACACAGUUUAUUACGCUGGUUCCAGUGACGGACGUGUACACAAAGUCGUUCAAUGGACAGACAACAACGGGGAAUCCCAGUCUAUCCUCUUGGACGUUUUUGACGUGACGCCGGGCGAGCCGAUUCAGGCGAUGGAAAUCUCCAAGGAGCACAAGGCCCUUUACGUCGCUUCCGAUCAUCGAAUAAAGCAGAUCGACUUGGUGAUGUGCACGCGAAGAUACGACAACUGCCUUCGAUGCGUUCACGAUCCUUACUGCGGAUGGGACAAGGACACCAACACGUGCAAACCUUACGAACCCGGGCUCCUUCAAGACGUGUCGAACAGCACCGCCGACGUUUGCGAUAGCAGCGUAGGGAAACGGAAGCUGGUAGUCACCUGGGGCCAGUCCGUGCAUUUGGGCUGCUUCGUGAAGAUGCCGGAAGUGCUGGCGAAUCAGGAAGUCAGGUGGUACCAUUACAGCAAAGAGAAGGGCAGGUAUCAGAUAGCUUACAAAUACGGAGCCGGAGGGGAGAAGUUCAUCGAGACGUCCGAAAAGGGCCUGGUAAUCGUGGGCGUGAACGAGCAAGACGCGGGAAGAUACGACUGUUGGCUCGGAGGUUCGCUUCUGUGUUCGUACAACAUCACCGUGGACGCGCACAGAUGUUCCGCGCCCGCCAAGUCCAACGAUUAUCAGAAGAUAUACUCGGACUGGUGCCACGAAUUCGAGAAAUACAAGUCCGCCAUGAAGACCUGGGAGAGAAAACAAGCGCAAUGCGCCUCCAGGCAAAACGACAGCAAUCAAAACCUGCACACGAACGAAGUGUACGGCACACCCCUGGUCUGAUGGAGCCGUUCGUUGGAGCCCUCGUCGAGCCGAGACCCCGACACAAUGCUACGUACAAGCGUCCUGCCGAAGAAUCGCGGUCCAUCCACGAUCAGUUGGACGAGCCUCACUCUCCUUCUGACCGGUUACACCACUGCCUUCGUCCUUCUUGCUACCGAUGAGUUUUCGACCAAGUGAGAUCGAUAACGGAACCGGCAAACCGAACGUCCGAUGGGCGAGGGGAGCAGCUCGAUCAUCGCGACGUCCGUCCUCGAUCCUUUGGACGAGCCUCGUCCUGAUCGAUCGCGUCUACGCCCUUCCCACCGAAACUGUCCUUCGACGAACUUUCGAUCUCGCCUGUGCCGACCAGAGAAGGGCGAUCCCAACGAUCGGACGAUCGGUGCAACGAGACUAUAACAACGCGCUGUGUUCGACGCAUAAUCAUUACCAAUACGCCUGCCACAAACGGUAUUUCCGCAUUCCACUCGGCAUGACAGUGCGCGUACGGUCGACGACUCCCGAGGAUCCGAUUUCGUUUCUGGUCCUUGAUAACAACCCCACGAACGCUUUUCACUCAUGUAAAUAGACACGUGACGCGAACAAGGACCGCGACUCGAGGACGACGACCGCGAGCAACCCGCGAGCAUCGACGAAAAGUGCGCUUAUAUGUCAGCGACGGAGGACGCGACUCGACGGGAUGAUGGCAACUUACGCGAACAACCAGCGGUUCGGCUCCUAAGUAUAUCGCUUCCAGCGGCGUCGAUGGCUAAACCUGUCGGUCGGGUGAUCGGGCAAGCUGGUACGGGUUACGUUUGUCGGCAAUCGACCCCUCGAUCGGUGGUUGACAACGUGUAAUCCAUGGUUACGAUCACCGAGCGAUCGGUAAUCACGAUUAACGACCUACGGCGUAAGCGGACACGAUUAACUCUGAAAGAUUACGAAUUAUCGAUUUACGAUCGCAGGCUGCGUAUGUAGUUUACGGUUACCAUUCAAAUCCGACAACUUUCAGUGAUUAUCGCGAAAGUAACGGCGAAUUAAUCGCUGCCCAACUCCACCGUCGAGACGUCGCUCGAAUCAAGGGUGUCCAUCCGCGGGACAACACACUCGGAAACCGGAUAUAAAUUCUCCUGUUUUUUCCUUAGAUCUGUGAUACGAACGACGAGACGAGACUCUCGAACGAACGUGUUCUCGGUUGGCCGCUCUACGAAGCGCCGAGGUUACAGGAGCAAAGAGAAAGGAAAUGAAACGAGAUAGAGAAAAGUGUGGAGAAAAUAUACAUGUACGGUCGAGCUUCAGCGUAGUUUUAACGAGCCAGAAAACGACUUACGAGCACAUCGGUCAACCGAUUUUUGUACAAUUUUCCACACUAAUACGGCAUGGUGGAGCGAUAGAUACGUAUUUUCUUGUAUUGGUUGAUAUUCGCGUUCAAGAAGUGAAUGAAACAUCUAUUCGAUUCUUCAAGCACGUAAGAAACGUCGAAUACAACGUUCAAGAUGGUUUACGGAAAAUAGUGGACGUAUAUGGGACGCUACUGUAGCCAGUUGGAACACAUUUUUAUAAAUGUUUCUUGUAAAGCGUAUUUUUCUCUGGUUACCACAAUAAAAAAAUUAAUUUUCUAAAGCUUCAGGAUAAGGUUUCGUGCACUUAUGCAUAGAGUUUUACAAAUUAAUUUAUAAAAAGCGCUCCAGUUUGUGCUGAACAGUAAGUACCCAUAACGUGGUCGUUACAAUUUGUUAAUUAAAGGAUUGCAGGCAACAAAUUCAUUUGGCAAUCUUUUUGCAAAUUUGUCAAUUAAAUUGUCUUUCCUCUGUCUUGCUAAUUUUUAGAACUAUGUAACCGAACAGAAGUUUUAUUUUCAGGUUUGAAGCUAUUUCUCGCCUCCUGAACUCGAAUACGAGUAGCUCAUGGGGGAAAUACGAGUCUAAAAUUUUUCUAUGCCCUAUGUUUGUGUAAAACUUGACCAAAAUCGGUUAAGUCCGAGUAGUGUGCCUCGUUAGCCGGUAGACUAUGUGUGUUUGUAUGUGAUACUGAGUCGCCGGGUGGAGAGAAUGUUACGCGUUAGGCGAGAGGACGCGACGAAGCGUUCUCAAACGUCACGCAGGUUACACAUGAGAUUAUUAUCGGCUACGUAGUCGCGGCCUCCUCGCGACCGUUAGUUUGUUAGCUUUUUCAUAUCACGUCGCCAGUUUCUCGCGAUCUGCACUGCCGUCUUCGAUUCGCGCGAUUCCUUUCGUCGCGACUCGACGAACGUUUGUUUUCAACCGUCGACCCGCUACAUUUUCUUUUUCAACGUUCGAUAGAACGCAGAGACGUGGAUCGAUCCUUCAAUUCCUCACCUUUAGGUUGACUGAUCACGACGAUACGUUGGAACGUCUUCGAAGAGACUUUAGCAUUAUUUUACUCCGGUACGUAGUAAUUAAUAUGAAAAUUUAAUUUUCGGAGAAGAAAUUCGACAUUUCGAUUGGUAAAAUUACGUAAGUAAGGUAAGAGGAUUCGAAUCCUAUCCCAUCACUCUUUGUUCAGAAGUGGAAUACUGCAUCUUGAGUUUGCGCUUGGUUUGCUGAUUAUGUGCUGGAAAUUUUGGCAUUCGUACGAGGAUUUGGUAGACUAGUCAAGCACUGUUCAUGGUAGGUAUUAUACAAAUUUUGCUUUCGAAAAAGGGAUUCAUCUAUCGCUUUGAUAGUCUGAUUAGUAAAGUAGUCGUAACGAAAGAGAAAUCAAAUUUUGGUUCAGCAAUCCGAUUGACUCAAUCCUUGUUUAGAAGUAGGAUUUGUCAAGGAACCUAUCAGUGGACAGUUGAAUCAAAUGAUAAUCAUUACGAUCGUAAUUCGAGUCUUAAUCUAGCAAUCUUAUACUCGUAUAUCAGUUCAUUCGACGUCGAACCUCUAUAUUUAGCGCCAAGUUUACUUAAAAUUUGGACUUUUUGUCCGAACACGACUGAUCGAAUUUGUCAGGCUGUUCAAACUAUAAGUCAUUUUUUAUAUUUAAAAAAAAAACCUAUCGCUGAACCUGUUAGCUUAACUGCUACACCAUCUAAUAAUCUCAAGGUUCGAGCCUCCAAAACCGAUUCUACUCCAUAGACUUUUCUUCUGCCCUUCUUGCGACAUCCUUCGAAGACGUUCCCACGUAUCCCAUUCGCGAAACGCCAUCGUUAGACACGAGAAGCAUUACUCGGUAUCGCUAUCGUUAUUAUCGUCGAGAAAUCUGAAGGUGCUGCGCAGGUGCGUCGAGUGCGUGCUGGAAAUCGGUAAAGCCUGUGAUCCUGAAACCUACUUGGCGCUCCCCAAACUAACACGUAGCAGGAAUCACGUGAACGCAAAACGCUCGUACGUUCGGAUAGACGCAAACAUCUGCUUCAAACGAGAGAUUUUCUCGCAUAUACCUUCGUGUUUAGAGUAGAGUAGCCCCCGUUUGUUGGAUAGUUUCGUGUCGUUUCGGAUUCCGAUCGCGGAAAUUAUCGAGCAAAAUGAUCGCGGGUCAACCGGGCAGGGCGAUCGGUUCGAGACGAAAGUUCUAGCUUCGGCGAAGAGGGGAACGUCGUCGUGCACGCGUUGUUCCUCUUGAUCGUUCUCCGUUCGCGUUCAAAUCGAAUCUGAAUCGACAAUUCGGUCUCGUUCCGAUGUUUCUCCGUGUUCACGGCAGCCGUAAAACGUUAGCGUUUCCCGUUUUCCGGGAUCGAACCGUUUGGAAUCGUUUUCUCUUCCGGUCCGGAAACGUCUGUGUGUACAUAGGAUCGCGAUAGCGCAUGGUAUUUUUAUAAAAAUUCUCUCUGGAACGACGCAACCGUAGACGCGAGGUAUUAUAUAGCGUUCUCCGUUCUCCGCCAAGUUUUCUUUCGCCCGGAUUUGUUUCGUUCUUUCUUUCCUCCCCCGAUUCCUUUUUUUCCCCCUAUAUUUUAAUCAUCCAAUCGUUUGUAACGUAUCGUGUACGCUUAGCAGCGUUAGUUUAAUUUCUACUUUUAAAACACGGAAGCGUCGCGCACGCUUCUGACUACGGAGAUGGAUGCUUACCGGUGCUGUAUUAAACAAUUCGUGGAACGGUCGCUGUUUCCCGAGGACCCAGUUCGCCAUGAUUAGUAUACAUACGAGUAGGCUAUAAAAUAUAAUAGAUCGUAGAGAGGUCAUGACACCUUUCCGUGUGUAUGUGUGCGUGUACGGAUUUCAGUUCCCUCUGAGGCGACGAUCACGCGAAGCGGAACGAAAGACGUCGCGAAAUCCGAUUUUGGAAAAACAACUCCGCGUCGGUAUGAUUAGGUUCGCUCUUGCCCUUCAGUUUGUACAUAAACGUUCGUAUUGUUGACACGUUCGCGACGCGUUUAAAGCCCUCGUGAGCUUUUCUUCUGCACGCGAUUAAGGUAAGUGCACCGAAUUUCGACAAUAGUCUAUCGACCCUUUCAAUUUAUUUCUCUAAUAUGACUAUUAUAAAGUUGAUAAAAGCAUUGUGUUUACUUUAGUGAAUCGUAUAUUCUAUACCUUAAGUUUUUCGAUAUUCAUAAUAUUUUAAUCGUUAAUUUAGAUACGACAUGAAAUUAGGAUCCUAAGAAUUGAGUUUUGUCAUUAUUUAUAAUUUUGUGCUAAUUUUAUGAGUAUGUAAUAUGUCAUCGAUUAUAAAUUAAUUUACUAUUCGAAUGAACAAUGCCCCCCAUCAAAAGUUGUUCCACAGUCGUUGAUCAAGAUUAAAAGAGUACAUUUCGAGAUGCAGAACACGUGAAUAAAUUAAUGCAUUGUGUUGAAAACGUAACGCACUCCUGGAAUUUGUUAAUUAGAAUUUCAGAGAAAUUAUUCCAACAUAAAAUGCUUCCACAGCCCUCACUCCUUUCGUUGUCGUAUGUGAGUAAAUUUUUGGAAAGCAAUCAUAGUGUUUCUCGUUAGACCAUCACCAGUGGUAAAACAUUCGUGAUUUGAGAAUUUAAAUAUCACAUAAUCUUAUGAUUGUAACAAAACAAAACCAGAUGUCGUUUAUAAUCUCAUAAAAUUACCAUCCUAUACUAUAAUGCAGGCAAAAAGUAAUAAACAACUCGAACCAUUAUUCAAAGGGACGAUUGUAAAAAAAACUCUGUGUCGAUAAUUGGAACAUUAACCUUCAUCUCGAAGAAAAAGAGCUUCUACUACUAGAGCCGGACUUAACGCGCGCGAACGAUUGAUUAUUCUUGUACAGAGUUUUUGGAACGCCGUGCUCGACGAUUUUCUGUUCUGUAUCUAUCGCGUCGACGGCACACAAAGGUACACUGUCAGAUAGUAAGAGAAAAAGCGUGCGAGGGAGAGAGUGCUUGGUACAAGGAAGGUGCGCGAGGAGAGAAUGCGAAGAUAUAUUAUACGAGAGAAAAGAAAGCGAAACCGUAGGUGCGUAAGGUUAAUACAAUAAUCGGUAACUUAAUCCUCAAAUAUGUACUUAUUAUGAGCUUCAACAAGUAUUGAAUAGUAUUACGUCGUAAGGUUAAGACUUGAUUUUCAAGCUGCAGCAAGACGAACCGUGAGGCCAGCCCGUGUCCCAGACAGAGAUGGGAAAAAGCAUCGUCUAGAUACAAAAUAUCGAAUAACGAAUAAAACGUGAACAUCUCCAUUUGUUAUUCGUUUAAUACAAAUUACAAUCAAAAUAUGCUUCGCGUUGAACGAGUAAAAACUUACUCAACACUUAUUCUAUCGAAUGAACCUUGCGUAUAAUCAUUGCAUAAUUUUCAUUCGUUAUUCAUUAUCAUUGGAAUCGAAUUCUGCCCAUCUCUGGUUCAAGACUAAUGCGAAUCGACGAUUCAGAGGUUCGUCUUCGAGCUCGUCGAAUACACUUUCCUUCUUGGUUUAUCGGGCAAUCUUGUCGUCGACGGUACGCGAUCCUCGCGCAGUUGAGAUGGGCAAACUUUCUAUCUAGAUACAAAUUUCGAAUAACGGUUAAAAUAUAAACAGUUUAUCCGUUAUUUGUUACAAAAAAACCUCCAAUCGAAAUUACAUAUUGAAAUUUCAAUAUUUUACAUUGAACGAAGGAAAAACUUGUUUCAAUAACUGUUCAAUGGGAUAAAUCUGUGUAUAAUGUUUUUCUUUGUAGUUUGUUAUUCGAAUGAAAUUUUGCCCAUCCCUGGCCAGCAGCGGGAAAGCUACUCGUCGUACGAGAAUAUUCCAGAGUAAUCGACGCGACGAGCGGCUGUAGAGAAAAACGGGGAUGUUAGGUAGCGAGCAACGAUGAGAGAAUGAGAAAAAUUGUACGACUACUGAGUGUCCCGACGAAAAACGAUACGUAAGAAAUAGCAGUUGCCUAUCUAUCGUACGUCUGAAGAAAGUUAUUAAAGAGAACAAAAAAAGUGAAGAGUGAACGGGCGAAUAUUACAGAGAUGAAAAGGACAAAGACACAGAGGAACAUUAAGGUAAUAAUGAUCUUUGGCCAGGAGUCUCUCGUGUAGGCGUCGAUGGCCAGGGCGAGGAAACGGACAACAGAGAGAUCGAUAAAUAAUUUCGUGACGAUGCUAAUUAAGUAAUAAAGAGGAUCUCAAAAUGUCCACGUACUCGAUUCUCGUUCUCGACGAAUGCACGUUUAGCCUCUCGAUGAUAGAGUCGGCGUGAUCACGGAAAGCAAUCUAAGAUGAACCUAACGUUGUUAGAUAUAUUAUUUGUAAGAUUAUCGGAGUACUGUAUAUUGCGUGAACACGAUCGCAGCAGUGGGAGCGCGAAAGGAGGGAACAGGAGAAUCUGACGAGGUGAAGGAAUGUUUAUUCGUCGAAAAAGAACGAUCGAGUAUUCUAUGGAGAAAGAGAGAUUCGUUGGAGUAACAUUGGAUCAGACGUUACUAUGAGCAUUUGCGAAAGAAAACUACUCGACUCUGUCCAGUUUCUACUCACUCGUACCACAUUUCUCUUAAUCGGGAAUUGUUCUUUCUUUUUCCCUACAAUACCACUGCAAAUCGUGAUGCAAAUAAGUCUGGAAACGGCUCGGGGACCAUCGAGUUUGAGGAACUUGGAUCGAUCGGAUCCCGCUGCGACGAUCGUGCGAUCGAGAUAGGUUAUAGCUCGAUUUAGUGUACGCUGUACGAAAAGAACGUCAUUACGACGACAGUUACUUAAGGUAAUAAGAGAAAAGGGAGUGGAGAAACAGCGAGAAAGAGAUGCCCUAAAUAAAAACACUUAAACUACGAUGACUUA